AUGUGUCUCUACCUCCGACGCCGUAAUACCCCCACCGACGACAGAGGUCCCAGGAAGCGGACUCUCACCAUGCCCCUCUUCUCCAACACCAACAAGACCUCGGAAGCCACCCUCAAGAAAUUAGUGGGUUGGACUACCUUGCUAUCACCCACAAGCAAUGGUUACCACCUUCGACCGAACCAGCAGACUCCCCGAAUCAACAUUACGAACGUGGAUGGAGCAACCGAAUUAUCUUCCGUCUCCGCCUCCGAUCCCAAGGGUGUCUCUUCUACCUCGUCCACCUCCAAUGAAUUCGACGCCAGCUUAGCCAUACAGAACCGCCUCAAAAAGGUCUUCGAUGAUCUUCGGUCCCGCCGCUCCUCGAUAUCUCGCUCGCCGUGCAUCACCCGCGGGCAAUUUAUUGCAUUCCUUGAGAAUGUCCAAGGAGAGACCGAUGCUGAGGACAUUCUACCAGAAGACAUAGAGAAGUACAACUUUGGCGAGUUCCUCGAUUUUUGGUGGAGCCGCUACGGCUUGGAUGCCACACGAGCUCUGAAAAGCGAAGAGAAAGACCUGAGUCGACCUAUCACAAACUAUUUCAUCAGUAGCAGUCAUAACACAUAUCUGGAGGGAAACCAGCUUGCCUCAACAAGUUCUCCAGAAGCUUACAAAACGGUUCUCCGGAGAGGAUGCCGGUGCAUCGAAAUCGACGUUUGGAACGGGGACACACCUAUCACGACCCAGGAGGGAACCCGGUCUCCGAAGCCUGAACAUUCUAGGAAUCUCUCUGGCUCGUCGUUCCCCAAUGUUGCGGCAAGCUUGAAGGAACAUGUGGAAGAAUUGAUUGGAGGCGAACGGAGUGGACAGGACCAUGGCCAUACUAGAACUGCCAGCGCUGCCAGCAGGUCACUUGGCCCGUCAGAUAGUGCCGCCGUGCUAGGACCAAGUGCUUCGGUUGAAUCUCUGGAUAACACUCUCCGACCCGCUUCUCCGACCCCUAGCAAAACUCGCCUGCCCUUUCCCAAGGACGAACCAAUUGUUACACAUGGUUGGACUUUUACGAGCCCUUGUGGGUUCCGAGAGGUGUGCCAGGCUGUUCGCGAGUCUGCGUUUGAGACCAAUGAGCUUCCCCUUAUUGUAAGUCUGGAAGUUCACGCCGACACGGAGCAGCAGGAUGUGAUGGUGAGGAUCAUGAAGGAGGAAUGGGGCGAGAUGCUGGUGGACAAAUCAUGCGAAGGCAUCGAUCCACGAUUCCGUCUUCCUAAGCUCGAGGAGAUGAAGAGGAAGAUCAUGAUCAAGGUCAAGAAGGCGCCUCAUAAGAUUGAGGUCCCCCCCAGCACCACUGCUUUGUCACCUAUUCACGCCCAAGAUGAAGAUGCCUCGAGCUCUGAAGAUGAGCGCAGCCAAACACCAACAGCAGUUUCCGUCCAACACAACCCCAAAGUAGGCAUUUCUCAGGCUCUGAGCAGCCUAGCGAUUUACACCCACAGCGAGCACUUUAAGAGUUUCGAAACACACGCAGCAAAGCAGCCGAGCCAUAUCUUCUCGAUAAGUGAGAGUAAAAUCCUCGAGCUACACACGACCAAGGCCCGAGAGAUGUUUACCCACAACAAAAACUUCUUCAUGCGUGCUUUCCCUAGCGGUGCCCGCGUGGACAGCUCAAAUCCCGACCCCAGUCCGUUCUGGCGCAAAGGCGUCCAAAUGGUUGCCCUAAACUGGCAGUAUCUCGACGAAGGUAUGAUGCUGAACGAGGGGAUGUUUGCAGACGAACAAGGCUGGGUCCUCAAGCCUAUUGGAUAUCGCAGCACGGAUAAGAACACAGCCACUGAGGUCGACGCCGCGCCACAAGGUGAUCUCGAACUCACCAUCACUAUUAUCGCGGGCCAGCAUAUCUGGUCUGCCAGCUCCUCAGACAGCGACAGCAGCCGCAGUGGUAAAAAUCUUCGUCCUUUCGUCAAGUGUGAGCUCCAUGUCGAAAUUGGAGCUGUUAAUGGCAAAGCGGCCGAUGAGGACGACUUCAAGCUCAAGACGAAGUCGAAAAAUACGGACCACCCCGAGUGGGAAAACGGAGCGCGGCUCAAGUUCCCAAAAGUCUCGAGGGUGGUAGAGGAGCUGAGUUUCGUCAGGUAA